AUGUUUACCGAAAUUCCUCCUCAUGCCGAGUAUUUUAUGACUGCGCCGCGGUUCGCAGUUGUCGGCCGCGUACUUGAGGACACCUCGCGCUUCGACUACAAGGUCCUGGAAUGGUACACCGAUCGUAACCUGCCCGUGACGGGUGUUAGGGCGCCGCGUCCAGGCUUCGACAACGCCAAGCCCGUACUGGGCCACAAGGUGGUUGACGAUGUGACUCAACUCCCCGACCUCGCCGAGACGUCGAUCAGCGUCAUCCUCCACCCGGCACUUGGCAUCAAGAUGAUGCAGUCGCUCUUCCCCGAGCAGCGGCGGCCUGAAGCUGAGCCGUAUGCCAUGUGGUUCCAGCCGGGUGCGGAGAGUGCCGAGAUCUUCGACUUUGUCAAGGCCAGGGGUAUUGGCGACAAGGUCGUGAUUGGCGACCACCCGUGCAUUCUCGUGUCGGGAGACGAUGCACGGAAGAAGGCGCCCAAGUCUGCGCUAGCGUAG